ACUUGAGUAGCAAACGCAAAGCCCACCCACAACGUUCUUCUUCGCGUCGAAAUAUUAUUACAAAAUAUAUUAUGUGCAUUAAGCUUAAAAUAUUAUUGUGUUAUUUAAGUGUAUGUUGCAUAAAUUAGCAAUAAAAAUAGCAUGUCAGUUUUCGUGUUUCUGCGAGUUCGGCUGAUUUUGGGGAAUUUGCCGAACUUCAGUUCAGCCCUUGAGCCGGCGCCAUUUUGAAACAACCGGCGUAAACAAAACGUUUGGGCGCCGUUGGUAGUUUUUUAAGAUCAAAUCUUCAUCCACUUCAAUCAUGAAGUUAGUCAGAUUUUUGAUGAAAUUGAGUCAUGAAACAGUGACUAUUGAACUCAAAAAUGGCACUCAGGUACAUGGGACUAUCACUGGUGUGGACGUAGCCAUGAACACCCACCUGAAGGCAGUCAAGAUGACGAUGAAGAACCGAGAGCCUGUUCAGCUGGACAGUCUGAGCAUCAGGGGCAACAACAUUCGUUACUACUUGCUGCCCGACAGCCUUCCGUUGGAAACGCUACUGAUUGACGAUACGCCCAAGGCUAAAGCCAAGAAGAAGGAAGCUGCAAUGGGCCGUGGCAGAGGAAGGGGGCGUGGCCGAGGCCGUGGGAGAGGAGCCCGGGGGCGUGGCAGACGAUAGAGCUGAAGCCCGGGCAGAACUCUGGACAACAGACAUCACGUCACUUUUUGCCUUCUCCUUUGUUUGUCUUUGGUUUUUGUCCAAGAUGCCACAUCAGCAUGGUCAUAUUGUAUAUAGUCUGCCUGUUGAAGUUCACUGUGUGUCACCUUUUAGUUGUAUUGAAAAUGGAUAAUAAUAAAGUGGCUCAGUUUAAUGUCA